AGUUUCUCCAUACUAUACCUCGAUCGAUGUUCACUUUCUCACGCAGUGAACUGCAUCAAUAGUCCCCCCACUUUUCGUAUACUUUCCACCGUGUAGCUCGAAGGACUAAACGCCGGCUGCUUCGUAUCAUGCUUCGUAUUUCACAGGGAACGAACCUCGACGUUAAAUUUAUUCACACUGAUGUUCCUUCUUUCCUUGAUAACACAUUCUCGCACAAUAAGACAAUCACAAAACAAAGUUAAUGGACAAAUUACUUUCUGUCAGGAUAACCGUCCGUAGUGUCGAAAUUUAUUGCGUCGCCGAUCGCGCGAAAAAGGACGCUCUCGUUCAAUGCGCGCGCAUCAUGCGCGCAUCGACCCCGCGCAUGUGCGACGCGCCGUUGCGCAGUGUUAAUCCCGCGCAUGUGCGUAGUGUCGUUGCGUAGUGUCGGACAGCAUGGUGCUUCGAGAACGCGGGAAAAAAAUAUUAACAAAUUGUUUUGUGUGGUGCAAUAAAUAUUCAUGGCUGAAGGUGAGACAACAGAUACUCUAGACCACAUGAAGACGGAUAUCACGUGACUUCCAUUAAUGGCUGCUUUAAUGGCGCGAAAUUAUGAAAAGAAUAUUGCCUCCAACCCCGGAAGAAGAUGUUUGAAAUGAGGAAUCAACAUGAAAAAAAGACGAGCUGUAUCGGAGCUGACUUGUUUUCCUGCCACUCGGGUCGAAGCCCGAACUCAAGGAUGCCGUGGGUGAGGAGACAAAUUAUCCACCACCACUGAAACCCACCCCUUGAUCGCCUUAAAACGAAUACUGCCAGCCGCGCAAGACCAUCGAUAUCGAAAGGAAGCGUCGCAACCGAUCACCAGGACGAAGCACCAAACCUACCCCAUGGAUCUAACCGAGGCAUUCGCCCCGGGAGGGGGUGGAGAGGAGCUGCCAAAGACCGAUUUCUUCGACUUCGUCGUCUCUCCACCUCCCCACUGCGCCUCCGCAGAUGGCGUGUCGGACGAAGAAAGCUUCCUCCAUCGCACCACCUGCAGGAGCAUCGGCUACCUUCAACAAGGUCACGAGGAGCACGAGACCAGUCGGGAACUCCACGGCUCCCCAUUCAUCAAAGAGACCAACAACAACACACUGACAGCUUUACCACCUGUCUCGACUAUCACCGGCUCCCUCAGCCACCAUCAUCAUCACCACCACGUAAGGACGCAUCACAGCGCUUGCAACGUUCAACAGAGCAACGAACAGACACCGAUGGACCAAUCCGACUGCGACUAUUGGGUCGCGGUCGGUGCCGGCGAUUCCGCCGAGAGCCUUCUCAGGAGCGCUCUUCAAGGCAAACUGUACACAGGCCCUACCCAAGUGGUGUCAUCCUCGUCACCGACCACUCAAGGCUCCGCUAUAUCGAUGCCUGUUACGAGCAACGCCGGUUUGCAGAUAGUCUCCGAUCAACAGCAGCAGCAGCAGCAGCAGCAACAGCAGCAACAGCAACAACAACAGCAACCGCAAACGCAACAAGACGAAUCCAUGCACACGUGCACCGACGAGGAUUUGUUACUCUCCCAACUGGACCAGACGACCUAUCGUCCCGGCGAUUACGAGAAGCUAAAGAGCAUAGCCAACGAAGUGGUGGAGUCUUACUGCAGCCUGGAACCGGUUUGCAACGUGUCUGCAACGACCACGGUUAUGUACACGUUGGACCCAACCAGUGGUAGCCUCNGCACGAUCACGCUGCCCGCGGAUCUGGGUCAAGUGAGCACGGUUACGGUGGUGACAGCGGCUCAGCAGGAGGUUCUCCAGCAACAGGCGGCUCCUCGAACGGAGGUGGAGCAGCAGCAGUCAGCCAACCAACUUCAAAUAACCCCGUCGCGAGUCGUCACGACGAAAGCCCCGAAGAAGUACUGUCGACGCACGAACAGGAACAGCAGCAACGCGAACGCUGCUAGCAAUGGAAGCAGCGGUUCUGGUGGAAACACGAGUGGGCAGCAACAGGGUGGUUCGGGCGGCUCGCCGGGCAGCGUUCAACGGAAGGAACGUUCGUUGCAUUAUUGCAGCAUCUGUAGCAAAGGUUUCAAGGACAAGUACAGCGUGAACGUUCACAUCAGAACGCACACGGGCGAGAAACCGUUCGCCUGUUCCCUGUGCGGCAAGAGUUUCCGGCAGAAGGCACAUUUGGCGAAACAUUACCAGACCCACGUGACGCAGAAGCCCAGUGUUCAGCAACAGGCGAGCGGCAGUGGCGCCAGUAACAACGGAAAUAGCGGGAAUCCAAGCCCAUCUGGCGAGACGAGCGGCACGACAACGAGCACCGUGACGAACAGGAGUCAAUCACACCAGGUGUCGGUCGAUCCCGCGGGGAACGCCUGUAAUCCACCUAGUUAGUCGCGUUGGAUGGGCCAAACAACCUACUUCCGGUUCCCAACGUCCAAUUGGAUUGCAGUUAAUCCUUGCUACUCCAUUUAAUCUAAUUCCCGGUGGCACGGUGCGGAAAGUGGAUCGGCGAUUUUGCACGAUGGUGAUGGUCAACGAAAGGAUACACCGUGCGAGUCUUCCUUUUUUCUUUUUUUUUUUUUUUCCUCUCUUCUUUAUCACUUUAUAUAUCUAUUUCUGUCCUCUGUUCUCGCUUGUCUCUUCGUAAGUUUUUUCUCUCCGUUUUUUUUUUUCUUCUUUUUCUUUUCAUAUUUUCCGUCCAUCGAUCAGAAUCUUCGUUCGGUUCGAGAAUUCGGGAUGAUUUACGACGACUGAAGAAGUUUCAGGAUCCCGGCAAAGAGCUAACCAUGACUAGCGUCGAGCAUCGUGAGAUCUAUUAAAGUAUCGAUUAGUAUUAA